AUGAGCAGCACAGAAGCACACGAUGAGCGAUACGUCGACAACAAUGGCACAGAAGAUACCUUCGAUACACAAGAUGGCGUGCGGAAGGUGAUCGCCGCUCAAUUUUCUCUGUCAAAAAGUACAAUAAUUCUUCUCUCUAUUGGCAUUUUCUUUGCAUCUUUCAUCUUUUCCUUCGAUCAGGGCACUAACAGCUACAUAACAAACGCUGCUUUCAACGAAAUCGGACAUUCAAGAGCUCAGCUUGCGGUUUUAGCAGCUUCAUCCAUUGUCAACAGCACAGCCAAGCCUUUCUUUGGAAAGCUGCUCAAUGUCGCCGGUCGCCCUGAAUCACUCUCCAUCACAAUGUUUUCCAUGUCUCUUGGAUACCUCAUCUGCGCAGCUUCGCCUACAGUUUCUGGUUUGAGCGUAGGCAGAUGUCUCUGGCAACUCGGCAACAGUGGUUUCCAGAUCGCGCUGCAGGUCGUCAUCGCCGACGUCACAAAUCUCCGCUACCGUAGUUUGUUCUCCGGUAUUGCUGGCUGCGGUUGGCAAUUCGUCCUCUUUUACUUUUCGGGAAAGGCCGUGAACAGCGCGCUGAGCGAGGGUGGUGUAGGUUGGAGGGGUAUUUUUGCCAUUGAAGCUUGUCUGUUUCUUCCUGCGAUCCUUCCAAUAAUCUUCAUUCUCUUCCGCGCGCAAUCUAAAGCCCGCCAACACGCCCACCCUAACAUCCACAAAGCAGCUCUGCCACUCUCACACAAGAUCUACAACAUCUGCAGCGAUGUUGACAUUAUCGGUCUCUACCUCUUGCUAGGCUGGCUCGUUUACAUAUUUCUCCCGAUAGUUCUCGUUGGACAGAGUUCCCUGCAGUGGAAUGGCACCGCGCUUCCCUUCAUGAUGACUGUCGGGGCCACAAUUAUCCUCCCCGCCUUCAUCUACUGGGAGGCCACUAGCGCGGUGCACCCGAUACUCCCACUACGAUUCCUCGCCAACAGGACCAUCAUAUCAACGUGCAUGAUCAAUCUUUGCGAUUUCAUUUCGUUCAGCUUAUCAUUCAACACGCUGACCCAAUACGUAUACGUAGCGACGGACUGGAGCGACGCAAAUGCGCUGUAUUUCACAUCGACCCAGAAUCUCUGUCUUUCAUUUUUCGCGAUAGCUUUCGGGUUGUUGGUGUCAAUAUACCAGCUGCGCUGGCGGGGGUUUGUUGUAGCAGCGCUAUGUGCGCGCAUGCUCGGACACGCUCUGAUGCUGUAUGCGCGCGUGCAUCCCACGACUGCCGCUCUGCUCAUGACUCAGGUACUUCAGGGUGGCGGAGGGGGUGUAGCGUCUGCAGCAACACAAGUAGGCGCUCAGGGAAGCGUCCCCCAUCAGGAUCUCUCCUUAUCUGUUUCUGUUAUUCUGCUCUUUGCUGAAAUUGGCAGUGUUAUCGGCAGCUCAGUAUCUUCUGCACUCAACACAGCUUAUUUGGUGCCGUAUAUUUGCGAACAGUUCCCGGAAUGGAGCGUUGAGACUGCGUCUCAAUAUGCCGAUUCUCCUCACGAGUUGGGCAGGAUGCUAGGGGCGAUUGGAACACCCCAAAGAGACAAACUUGUUCACGCUUUCGCUAAUAAUAUGCGUCUGCAGAAUAUACCAGCCGUCGUUAUCUCCAUCAUCCCAAUUGUCGUUGCUUUGCUCUUCAUGGGCGAUUUCAGACUCGACAAACGUAAAAAUGUGGUCGAGAAUGAGGAAAAUAGUGAAGAACAGCAGUUCGGUAGAUAUCAACAACUCCAUCCGCCAUAUCAACCUUCUCGUGAUAAUCUCCGUAUGCAUAGAAGCACUGAGGCUCUCCUUGACCGCAAAUCAACGCUUUCUCGGCAUAGUCUCAGUCAGAGUGUUCACUCCAGCUAA